GUUGUACUUGUCUUCAGUUGAAACUAACCGCCUGCAGAGCGUAAACAGUGAGCUGGUAAUUUGAACAUUUUUCUCCUCGAAAUGGACAAAAUACUCCUUUUGCUUGGUUUUGUAGCUCUCUUUGGCCUGGUCCAAAGCUAUACCCUGCGAGAUAUCCUACGAGAGCGAGCUUUGAGACGCUACGACGCAUAUGAUAAAAAUGAGUAUCUCGACGCUAAAUACCAGAGGGAAUACGAUGCGUUAAGAGCUAGAGCUUUGAGGACCCUACGUGAAUUUCAUCUGAGGCGCAUGUUCGACGCAAAUUUCAGAAUGGACGAAGACUGCAGGGAUGAUAACGAGCACUGCGCAGACGCCAUCAAAGAGUAUAAGAGCGAGUCAUAUGAUUAUUGUAAAGACACGGAUGAAAGUAUUCAGGAGUAUGUCAAGGCACAUUGCAGACUAUCCUGCGGUUUCUGUGUUGGUUCUGCCCCAACGAAAGCCCCAAACCCAGGAGGAAGUCGUGUGUGCGAAAAUGAGCUUGACAAGAUAUAUCCAGCUCAAAGAUACUGUACCCGAUAUGAAUCUUUUUGCAAGGAUGGUGCAAUUAAAUACUACAUGGGGAAAUACUGCUACGCCACAUGUCAUCCAUUAGAUUGUCCCAGGGAUCUGUAUUAAGGCGCUGACGCAGAAUGGCUGGUAGAUGUACUUGGCGACGAUACAAGAGCAGAUUACAUUAACUUUACUUUCAAGCCAGUUACGCAGAAUUCGAAUUCCGUUUAUGCGUAAUUAAAAAAAAAAAAAAAAGAAAAG